GUGCCCGGGCGGAAGCGCUCGGAGGCAGCUGGGCCUACAGCGCGGCCCUGCGAGCGCGGAGGGAGCGGCGCCAGCGAGCCUUUUCCUUGGGAUCCUGGCGCCGCCGGGAAAGGGGCUCCCAGGAGCUGUGCUGUGUUUGAGCAUCGCUCCCAAACUCCUGCCGUAAGUGACGUUCGCCCUUUUCCUGCGCCAGGCCCCAGAGAGACGGGAAAAGCUAAGGCCGAAAGAAUUUAGGCUGCGCCUCCAGGGUUUGUUGUGCCAAGACGCUCCUGUUGCAAAAUCUGCAGUUGAAAAGGAAUAUUUUUUUUUUAUAGGAAGAGAAUGGAUGGAGAAGAGAAAACAUAUGGUGGGUGUGAAGGCCCAGAUGCUAUGUAUGUGAAGUUAAUAUCCUCCGAUGGCCAUGAGUUCAUCGUAAAAAGAGAGCAUGCAUUAACAUCAGGAACAAUAAAAGCUAUGUUGAGUGGACCGGGACAGUUUGCAGAAAAUGAAACAAAUGAGGUCAAUUUUAGAGAGAUCCCAUCCCAUGUCCUAUCCAAAGUAUGCAUGUAUUUCACCUACAAGGUCCGCUAUACUAACAGCUCUACGGAGAUUCCUGAAUUCCCAAUUGCACCUGAAAUUGCACUGGAACUUCUGAUGGCUGCAAACUUCUUAGAUUGUUAAAUAAAAUAAAUUAUAAUAAAAAAAUGUAAAACUUUU